AUGGCUUGGUACAGUGCUUUACUCCCGUGCAUGCUAUGGUGGCGGAACCUCCUGUGGCGUAACAGCACCAAUAGGUAUAGACAGAGUACAGACGACCUUACUUCACUGACUGAUAAGAUACCUAAUCUUGGAGAAAGGUUACCAAAUUUAUUGAGCUUUGUUAAUAGCAUUCCAGAUCAGAGUACUACUGCCGGAAAAAUUAAUCACAAGGCCCUGCGAGAUCCUGAGCUCUUUGCUAUCCGCUCGUCAUGCAUCGACAAAUCAGCCAGCAAGUGGAUGGUUAGUCUCUACUACGAACCCCCACCCAGCCUUGAUGACCUCGAGAUUAAGAACUUCGGAUCUCGUAUUCCAGAGUCGGAGGAUGAUCCAAUUGAGGCUAUCUUUCACUAUGAGGGAGAGAACAUUUGGGUAUCUGUUCCUUAUUUGUAUGCUAGAACUAGAAGCCUUUCAAGCGGUCUGUUCUGA